AUUAAAUUUUAAAAUUAGUCGACAUUCUGCUAUAUAUUUGGCAAUUUCAAUAGAUGAGUACGUUUAAAAGCUACUUAUGUACAAUGGGCGAAUUAAAUGUGUGUUUUCAAAUAGAUACAGACGACCGUAAAAAUUUUCCAUCUGAAGCAGGUUUUCAGAUACUCAAAAAUCAAAGAGACACCUUUUUUGAGAUAUUUAGAAUGUGGGAAAAAAAUUAUUCACUGCCUGGGUGGACAUUUCAAAUAGCUUUAGGAAGUAAAAUAAGAACCAUGUUAACAUUGCAUAAUGAUGCUGUAAAUUAUUAUUUUGCAAGAUUGUUUAAGUCACAACUUUUGAUUUCAUGUAUACAAAAUAGACAACAGAUAGAAAGAUGACGAAAGUAUAAGUGUUUUAUAUACAUUGAAACAGGUAAAU